AUGAUGCUUCACUGUGAAAGGGCUGCGUUUCCAAGGGCAACGUUUAAUUUACCUUUAUCCUCGAGGGAUGCCCGUUUGUACUGGCACUUGUACUCAACUGCGGCAAGAAACUCAUGCGUGUACCAGAAAGAUGUAAAUCAUGCUCUCCUCGUGACACUGUCCAAAUCAAUACACAGCCGCAAACAGAAAACACAUAUCAAUAUAUGGAACCAACUGAUACGUCUGAGGACCUUUGAUCCCAUUUCCCGUGAAAAUCUAAUAAACCGUCUAACUGUACUACUGUACAAGCAGAAUAGCCUAGAAUCUAUUUGUCUGGAAGGUCUGUCAUUAAAGCCGGACGAAGGUAUACGACUCCUUACGGCGUUGUACAAUUCUCGUGAAACAAUGAAAUAUGUGUAUUGUUGGCGCGCAUUCGAGAAAAUGGUUGGCAUCUCGACGGACGAUCACUAUCGGGCUGGAUCAAGAUUCUAUCAGGAGAAAAAGAUCGAGAAAUGCGACUGGUUCCACGCGAUCGGUUGUUUGGAGUGUCUCACCACACUGUCCAUAAAUUAUGCGUAUAUAGCGACACCCACGGGAGAUCUACUUGUCACUCUGGCCAAAAAACUUCAACGAAAUUGGCAAUGGCUGCAACUGCUCUGCUUAGAGGAAGAAAUUGUGCAGAGCCGUAAUUUGAUGAAAGAUGAAAUAGUCCUGAUACCUGAAAAAGCAUGGAAGAAAGCACAUCUUCUUGCACCAGCACUGAAAAUACAAUACGCUAUAAUUAGGAUACCAGAGUUUGAUAUUCACAAAAAGUUAUUAACUAAAUACACACGAACCCAUACCUUCUCACUAUCCACUGGUAUCGAUCUCAAAUUUCGACAACCUUGGUGCCUCGAUUCAACAAUUAAAAUAUUCUGUUCUUGGUAUCCGAAUACUUUAGUGUACUUAUACUUGCAAUUGUGGCAUAACCGAGAAAACUUGGAUAUUCAAUUAAAAAGACUGUUUCUGAAUCUGCCGUCUCUUCAAGUUUUUGAGUACACCGGUGAAAUUCGAAUGUUGAAAACACUUUGUGCUAUGUGUUGUCAAAUACAAUCCGGCAGUUGCAAUGUUCAUAAUGUUAAUAUAAAACUUCAAAAAGUUUUCUACGAAAACAUAGAUGAAGAAAAGUGGAUUAAAAGUGUAAGGUGCUUAAUAGCUUGUUUUAAGCACGAUUUUGAAAAAAUGGGUGUUAAGUUUAACGUUAGCUUCCAUAAUUCUUAA